AUGGCCAGCACGUUAAGCCCCAGCACCAUGACUGGAACCCCAGAGCCACCUGCGAUGUCACAGCUCAUCCAAAACCCUGCUGACAUCUCUGUCAUUGUCAUCUAUUUCGUGGUGGUGAUGGCUGUUGGGCUGUGGGCGAUGCUGAGGACCAACCGGAACACUAUUGGAGGCUUCUUCCUGGCUGGGCGAGAAAUGGUCUGGUGGACGAUGGGCGCCUCUCUCUUCGCCAGUAACAUCGGCAGUGGCCAAAUUGUGGGGCUGGCUGGGACAGGAGCAGCUUCAGGAAUCGCCACUGCAGCAUUUGAAUGGAAUGCCUCACUGCUGUUACUGGCUCUAGGGUGGUUCUUUGUCCCCAUAUACAUCAAGGCAGAGGUGAUGACCAUGCCGGAGUAUCUGAAGAAGCGGUUUGGUGGGGAGCGGCUCCAGAUCUACCUCUCUGUCCUCUCCCUCUUCAUCAUUGUCGUCUUGAGAAUCUCAUCAGACAUGUUUUCUGGAGCCAUAUUCAUCAAAUUGGCCUUGGGACUGGACCUUUAUCUGGCCAUCUUCAUCCUCUUGGUUGUCACUGCUAUUUACACAAUCACUGGCGGCUUGGCCUCGGUUAUUUACACAGACACCCUCCAGACCAUCAUCAUGCUGAUAGGUUCUUUUAUUCUCAUGGGGUUUGCAUUUGCCGAAGUUGGAGGAUACCAGAGUUUUGCAGAGAAGUACAUGAAUGCCAUCCCGUCCGCAGUCGAGGGGGACAACCUGACAAUCAGUCCCACGUGCUAUACUCCUAAAGCAGACUCCUUCCACAUUUUCCGAGAUGCUGUCACUGGGGAUAUUCCAUGGCCAGGAACCGUACUUGGAAUGAACCUCGUAGCUGCGUGGUACUGGUGCUCAGAUCAGGUUAUUGUACAGCGCUGCCUAUCAGGCAAGAACAUGUCUCACGUGAAGGCCUCCUGCAUCAUGUGUGGUUACCUGAAGCUGCUGCCCAUGUUCCUCAUGGUGAUGCCAGGGAUGAUCAGCCGCAUUCUGUACACAGGCAAGGUAGCCUGUGUUGUACCUUCUGAAUGUGUCAAACACUGUGGUGUUGAAGUCGGCUGCACUAACUAUGCCUACCCAAUACUGGUGAUGGAACUGAUGCCUAACGGACUGCGAGGCCUGAUGCUGUCAGCGAUGUUAGCCUCUCUCAUAAGCUCUCUGACCUCCAUCUUCAACAGCGCCAGCACCCUCUUCACCAUGGACCUCUACACCAAGAUGCGGAAGCAGGCAUCGGAGAGAGAGCUCCUUAUAGCUGGAAGGCUAUUUAUGAUUCUAUUAACUGUCGUCAGCAUUGUGUGGGUCCCAUUAGUAGAGGUAGCUCAAAAUGGACAACUGGUCCAUUACAUAGAGUCAAUUUCCAGCUACGUUGGACCUCCAAUUGCAGCUGUCUUCCUGCUUGCCAUCUUUUGUAAAAGAGUGAAUGAACAAGGAGCCUUCUGGGGUCUAAUGGUUGGACUUGUGCUCGGCCUCAUUCGUAUGAUUGCAGAAUUUGUCUACGGAACAGGGAGUUGUUUGGCUGCCAGUGGCUGUCCGGACAUCAUCUGUGGAGUGCACUACCUAUACUUUGCCAUGAUUCUCUUCUUUGUUACCACGCUGGUCGCCCUGGGAAUUUCCCUGUUAACAAAACCCAUUCCUGAUGUACAUCUGCAUCGCCUGUGCUGGGCUCUUCGGAACAGUACAGAGGAACGAAUUGAUUUAGAUGCAGGGGAGAAAAGAUACGAAGAAUCUGAUGAUGGUGAUGAUGAAGAUAAUCCUGAGGAAACUCGUGGAUGUCUCAGGAAGUCUUAUGACGUAUUCUGUGGUUGGGAGAAGCAAGGCCCCAAGCUGAGCAAAGAAGAGAAAGAAGCCCAGAGGAAGAAGCUGACAGACACGUCCGAGAAGCCCUUGUGGAGGAGUGUCGUGAAUGUCAACGCCAUCCUCCUCCUGGCAGUGCUAGUCUUUGCCUACGGCUAUUUUGCCUGAACUCUAUCUGAGCCACUAGAAUGUCUACUAAGCAAAGGAUACUGUUAUUGACUUUUCACUUUCAUAGUUUAUUGUAUUGCAAAAGGGAGAGAAGCAGUUGGUAAUUUUAUCUAAUGGAGGACUAUACAGUUGAUUUUUAGCUUUUGUUGUUCUUUUGUGUCAAUAAAAAAAGAAAAAGAGUUGAUAAUUUAGAAAGCCAGUGAGUUGAUAUAUGUGUGUAUAAACUAGGAGCUUGGGUCUAAAUUCUUUUUUUUAAAAUAUAGCUCACCAAGCGGGUUAUCCUACCUUAUAUGCCUCUCCCAACUCUGCCUCGCACAGCAAUCGCCUCAUCUGCAAAGCAGUGACCUCCUCCUGUUUUUUUCUUACUAAUCUCAGAGAUUUGGAAAAUACAACUAUUUUCUAAUAGUUGAGGGGAAGUGAGCUAAAAUGCCUGUUGUAAAUGCUUUUACAAAUCUUUACUGGAAAUUAUUACCUUAUGUCUUAAAUAAAGCCAUCCCUACUAAAUGCUAGCAUGUCAAGCCAUUGAUUUUUUAAACCUCUUUAUUAAAAUAUAAUUCACAUACUGUAAAACAUGUCUGUUUAAAGUAUAUAAUUCAGUGUAUUUUAUAAUAUUCAGAGGUGUACAACAAUUACCACAACCUAAUUUGAGAUGUUAGCAUUAACUUGUUUAUUGGCAUUUUUAUUUGAAUAUACUCAUUUCUCUGUAUUUAUCUCUAUUUUAUUUUGACAUUCUAAAUGACAAUUAUCUGUAUGUGGAAUUAUACAUAGGUUUAAAAAACAUCUUUUUAGAAGUAAAUCAACUAAUUAAAUUGUUUUUAAUAAAUUACAUAAGAAACACUUAUCUAUCAUAUUUGUUAUGAAAAUUCAAACAAUGCUUUGGUCUGUAAAAUUAAAUAUAAUACUCUGCACUGACAAUUCAUCGCUCCCAUCUAUUCCCACUCUUUCCAAAGGAAUAACUGUUAACAGUUUAAAGCAUGUGUUAAAGCAAUUUUUCUACUAAUUUAUAUACAUAUAUGAACUUACACAUAUUUUC